UUCUCUGUUAUCUCCUGGUGUUUGUGACAAGACACUCACUGCCUCAUCAUGUUACUCUUCUUGGUGCUGCUUCUUGUCGGCUGUUCAGAAGCCACUCAUUUUCUAGGCACAAUGAUGACCUACUACCCAGCGGAAACUUUAUCAAAUGGCUCAAUCUCAGUUAUCCUUCGUUACAAGUUGAACUUUGUCUCAUGCAUAGAUUUUGAUAUAUGGCAAUGUAGUGGCAACUGUGGAACAGAGAACCAGACCCUUACAUUGACCAAAGUUGAGGAAAUUAGUGGUGAAUGGUGUCAAAGAGAAGGAGCAAUAACUCAUCGGCUUCCUAACAACACUGGAUUUCAGACUGUGUUGGCUGGUGGUAACUGGAUAAAUAACAUCCAAAACAGUGUUGUAUCCUGGAGAGCUGUGACUAAUGUUGAACUGCGGACGCGGUCUGACAUUGGAAAACCAAACACAUCGCCACAGACAACCAUUCUCCCAGCUCUGAGGAUUCCUUCAAACUGUCCCAAAAUAAUUGAUUUACUGGCCUUUGACCCAGAUGGAGAUGAAGUUAAAUGCAGAUAUGGAAACACAACAGAGUCAGAGUGUAAUCCAUGCAAUCCUCCAUCUGUUCUCAUCCUCUCAUCUACUUGUUCUCUGAAUUUUACCGCGAACAACUCUCCUUCCAGCAGUAGUGAUGUUCCAUAUGCAGUCCAGUUGGUGAUGGAGGACUUUCCCACACAGAACAUCAAUUUGACUCAAAAUGAUGGUUCACAGGAGAUGAAAACGACCAGUGAUGCCAUCAGCAAGAUACCUUUACAGUUUGUUUUGAAAGUGGCCCCAGCAAUACCAUCCUGCACAGAAGGUCUCUAUCUGCCCAGAUUUAUUUUUCCAACUCCAAACCACAGAGAUCAGCUCCACGCCUCUGUUGGUCAGGCUCUGGAAAUACACAUCAGCGCAGUGGCAACUGCGUCCACGAUCGCCAACCUCCGGUACAGUGGGCCUUACAAUGUGGUGAAGAAUUCAUUAGGAUCAGGGAAUUUCACUCUGACUUGGACGCCAUCUGCAAGUGAGGAGGGACAGAGUCAUGCAAUCUGCUUUACUGUCCAGGCAAAUGUCUCCAGCAGUUUGUACGACUCUGAACUUCGGUGUGUUAUUGUCACAGUUGCACACACUCCAACACCCACCACAACACCCACCCAAACAAACACCAUAACACCUGUCACCACAGCAGCCAACAGGACAAUCACCACAACAGCCAACAUAACAAACACCACUACACCCACCACAACGCCCUCCACAGCACACAUAGCACCCACCUCAUUACCUGCCCCCAAUACAACAACUCCACUUACAAAUACAGCUUUUUUCACCACUGAAAAUACAACUACAACACCAAUGGCAUCCACACCAAAUAUAACUUUUUUCACCACUGAAAAUACAACUACAACGCGGAUGGCAUCAACACAAGCUGCAACAACUUCUGAUCCAGGACCAGAAUACAUUAUUGCUCUGAAUAUGAAGAUCUCUACCACACUUUCUUUGGAGAAUGAUGAAGAUACCAUCAUAUCACUGAUCAAAAACAAACUUGUUGAAGAAGGACUGCCUUCCUCCAUAACUGUUCGUCUUCUGAGUGGCAAUCAAUUGGUGGUUACAACAGCAAGCCCCUAGAGGAGCAUCUUGAGGAACUGAUCCCUGCAGGGAUAU